UUGGUUUGUUGCUAUUAGUCGCGGUUUCUGCUAUUCAAGAUGUUAAGAUAACUGGACAUUGGAAAGAUGGUUUUAAUGGUCAGUUUUGUAUAGACGUGAACAAGGAAUUACACGGCUGGUGCAUUCACUUGACAUUUAACGCAGCAGUUGACUCGCUUGAUAUUGGAGAAUCAGAAAUCCUCGAGACCCUCAAUAAUAGAACAGAAUUCAUAUUAAAGAACAAAAAUUACAAUGCAGACGAACGACCUGGUAGCCAGCUUUGUAUCAACUUUUUGGCUCACACAACUGGGGACAUCAACCCUACUGGAAAAGUAUACGAAGAGCAUCUUGACAAUAAAGGAAAUAAUACCUGCGGCAAGUUCAUGCCAACAACACCAACAACUACGCCUGGACCGACUCUACCCCCGGGUGUCACAACACCAGUACCACCAACUUUUGCUCCUGGUCAGAGUGGGUCCAUUCCUGCCACAGGACCAUAUCAUGUGUUCAAUGACUGGCCAGAACAAACCCGAGUCGAAGGUGAAUUUCAGUUUCCUGCUGGUAAUGGGAUCAAUGGCUGGGAAGUUAACAUUACGUUCGCUGAAUCUGUAACAUCCAUGGAGCUUGCUUUUGCUGAUGUUCUGAAGCAUUCUGCUGACGGAAAAGUUUGGACUGUUGUUAAUAAAAUGGACAAAGGAUUAUACGAUGCUGGUUCCACGGUCAAGAUGCGAUUUUUCGCUAAAUAUACUGGAACUAAAGCUCCUGAUGGCAUGGCUUAUCUCAUGAAUCUAGGUGUCGACAGUCAAGUACUGCCCGCGUUACUAAAUACUGGAUGUACCAAAUACAACUACGAUGAUGUUAUCAGAAAAUCUAUCUUGUUCUACGAGGCUCAAAGAUCUGGUAAAUUACCCAAAACUAACAGAAUAAAAUGGAGAGGAGAUUCUGGUUUAAAAGAUGGUAGUGAUGUUGGUGUUGAUUUGACUGGUGGAUGGUAUGAUGCUGGUGAUCACGUUAAAUUUGGUUUUCCAAUGGCAUUUUCUACCGCUGUGCUUGGGUAUGGGUUACUUCAGUGGAGAGAUGCCUAUGCAGAAAGUGGUCAACUGGAUUGGAUGUAUGACUCUAUUAAAUGGCCUUUAGAUUAUUUCCUGAAAGCUCACACAAAACCAGAAGAGUUAUAUGUUCAGGUUGGUAAUGCUGGUGCCGAUCAUGGUUUCUGGGGAAGACCAGAAGAUAUGAAAAUGUCUAGACCAGCUUAUAAAAUCGAUGCUAGUCGACCUGGAAGUGACGUAGCACACGAAACAAGUGCGGCGUUUGCUGUAGGCUAUAUGCUUUAUAGAGACAAAGAUCCGGCUUAUGCUGCCAAAUUAAAGGAGCAUGCUACACAACUAUAUGAUUUUGGUAUGAAACAUAAAGGACGUUAUACAGAUUCUGUUUCCGCAGCCUCUGGAUUUUAUAGUUCCUCAAAUAUGACAGAUGAACUGUGUUGGUCAUCACUGUGGAUGUAUCAGAUAACUAACGAUUCUAAAUAUCUAACAGAAGCCGAGAAAUGGUUCCAACCGGGCCCAGCUUGGGGAAUGUCAUGGGACGAUACACAGGCUCCUAAUCAGGUUUUAUUGUAUAAAUUUACUAAGAAAGAUAUUUAUAAACAAGCUGUUGAAGAAACAUUUAAAUACUGGAUGCCAGGUGGAACAAUAAAAUAUACACCAAAAGGAUUGGCCUGGAGAUUACAAUGGGGAUCGCUCAGAUAUGCAUCCAACAUGGCAUUUGUAGCGUUAAUGGCUGCUGAAGCCGGAAUUAAUCCAGAGAAAUAUAGAGCCUGGGCUAUGUCACAGAUUCAUUAUGCUUUAGGUGAUACAGGUUUUAGUUACGUCAUUGGUUUUGGUGAUAAAUAUCCUUUAAGACCUCAUCACAGAUCAGCAUCAUGUCCUUGGGCACCCGCCCCCUGUUCACCUAACACUGUCCAUAGACCACAACCUAGUGUUCAUACACUCUAUGGAGCUUUAGUUGGAGGUCCUGAUGCCGGUGAUCAAUAUAAAGACACCAGAGAAAAUUAUAUUAAUAAUGAAGUAGCCACUGAUUAUAAUGCUGCUUUCCAAGGAGCCGUAGCGGGUUUGAGAUCACUGAUUUUGAGAAAGAUUCAUCCUGAGCAGGUAGCAGGAACUGCUAAAUGCAACCGUUGAAAUGGAAAACGAAUAAAUAAACAUAUGUUCGAUGUAC